UGGCACGCCCCGGAGCUGCUCUCCGACAUCCAGGACGGCUACAGCGUCUCAGGGCACCUGCUGGUCUGCUUCUCCUCAGGCUACUUCAUCCACGACACCCUUGACAUCAUCUUCAACCAUCAGUCCCGCUCAUCUUGGGAGUACCUGGUGCACCACGCCAUGGCCAUCUCUGCCUUCGUCUCACUCAUCAUCACGGGCCGCUUCUUGGUGGCAGCCAUGCUGUUGCUGCUGGUGGAGGUGAGCAACAUCUUCCUCACCAUCCGCAUGCUGCUGAAGAUGAGUAACGUGCCUUCCCCGGCACUCUACGAGACCAACAAGUACGUCAACCUGGUGAUGUACUUUGCCUUCCGCCUGGCGCCCCAGGCUUACCUCACCUGGUACUUCCUCCGCUACGUGGAGGUGCAGGGCCAGGGUGCCUUCCUCACCGCCAACCUCCUGCUGCUCGAUGCCAUGAUCCUCAUGUACUUCUCCCGCCUCCUCCGCUCCGAUUUCUUCCCCUCCCUGCACAAGGGCUCUGCGAGGAGAGACGUAGAUGGUGAGAAGUUUCUGAUAGACUGAGACGUACGCGCCAAGGGGGACCCAGGCUCUGGCUUCUGGAGGUUUUGGGCUCUCCCAACCUGCUCUGAUGUGCCUUAGGGCUAGCUCCGCAGCCCCGGGCUCUGCCUUCACCUGCUCUGCUGCCUAAAAGCACUUCCCUGCUGGACCAGCCCAACAGCCUCACCUCACCGCAGGGAUGCCACCGAAACCAGGGGCACAGCCGAUGGAGAAGCAGCCCAAGCCGGCUUCCACACGGGCAGCUGGAAGGCCAGGGGUGGCUGCGUUCUGCAGCUGAUGGCCUGAGAGGGUUGCGAGGGAAGGGAUGAGUCCCUCCCGUGGUGAUGUUGGGCGUUAUGUGCAUUAAAAUCGGUCUGAUUACUGCUGCCGCA